AUGAGCACGGCCAGAACAGAGAACCCUGUUAUAAUGGGUCUAUCCAGUCAAAAUGGGCAGCUGAGGGGCCCUGUGAAGCCCAGUGGUGGCCCUGGAGGAGGGGGCACACAAACACAGCAACAGAUGAACCAGCUGAAAAAUACCAACACAAUCAAUAAUGGCACUCAACAGCAAGCACAGAGUAUGACCACCACUAUUAAACCUGGUGAUGACUGGAAAAAGACUUUAAAACUCCCUCCAAAGGAUUUGAGAAUCAAAACUUCGGAUGUGACCUCCACAAAAGGAAAUGAGUUUGAAGAUUACUGUUUGAAACGGGAGUUACUGAUGGGAAUUUUUGAAAUGGGCUGGGAAAAACCAUCUCCUAUUCAGGAGGAGAGCAUUCCCAUUGCUUUAUCUGGUAGGGAUAUCUUAGCUAGGGCUAAAAAUGGAACUGGCAAGAGCGGUGCCUACCUCAUUCCCUUACUUGAACGGCUAGACCUGAAGAAGGACAAUAUACAAGCAAUGGUGAUUGUUCCUACUAGAGAACUAGCCCUACAGGUCAGUCAAAUCUGCAUCCAGGUCAGCAAACACAUGGGAGGAGCCAAAGUGAUGGCAACCACAGGAGGAACCAACUUACGUGAUGAUAUAAUGAGGCUUGAUGACACAGUACAUGUGGUGAUUGCUACCCCUGGAAGAAUUCUGGAUCUCAUCAAGAAAGGAGUAGCGAAGGUCGAUCAUGUCCAGAUGAUAGUAUUGGAUGAGGCAGAUAAGUUGCUGUCACAGGAUUUUGUGCAGAUAAUGGAGGACAUUAUUCUCACGCUACCUAAAAACAGGCAGAUUUUACUAUAUUCAGCCACUUUCCCUCUUAGUGUUCAGAAGUUCAUGAAUUCCCAUUUGCAAAAACCCUAUGAGAUUAACCUGAUGGAGGAACUAACUCUGAAGGGAGUAACCCAGUACUACGCAUAUGUAACUGAGCGCCAGAAAGUACACUGCCUCAACACACUUUUCUCAAGGCUCCAGAUAAACCAGUCAAUAAUUUUCUGCAACUCCUCUCAACGUGUUGAACUAUUAGCUAAGAAGAUUUCCCAACUGGGCUAUUCUUGCUUCUAUAUCCAUGCUAAGAUGAGGCAGGAACACCGAAAUCGUGUAUUCCAUGAUUUCCGAAAUGGCUUAUGCCGUAAUCUUGUUUGCACUGAUCUGUUUACCCGAGGUAUUGAUAUCCAAGCUGUGAAUGUGGUGAUAAACUUCGACUUUCCAAAGCUGGCAGAGACCUAUCUCCAUCGUAUUGGCAGAUCAGGUCGCUUUGGUCACCUUGGUUUGGCCAUCAAUUUGAUCACAUAUGAUGAUCGAUUCAAUCUAAAAAGUAUUGAGGAGCAACUGGGAACUGAAAUUAAACCCAUCCCAAGUAACAUUGACAAGAGUCUGUAUGUGGCAGAAUACCACAGUGAGCCUGUAGAAGAUGAGAAACCUUAACAAGCAUGCUUUGACAAACUACAGAAGCCCAUCUGGAUCUGUGACACAUCGUUUCUUUGGGAAUGCUCUUCUCUUUGUGGGUUUUUCGUCUUCUUUUCGUUUUGGAACUAUGAAGACUUAAAAAGAGCUCAGACUUUUUUUUUCUUUUUAAUCUGGCGGAGAGGAGAAAAAAGCUGAAAAGAAGGAAUAUACCUUUUUUGUUCCACUUGUUUGCACUGUGUGCUGACUGAACAUUAGUUGCACUAACUGCUGGUUUUAAAAAAUUUCUUCUGGGAGGCAGGGGAAGGAGGAGAAAAAAAAAAAAGGAAGAGGAGGGGAGAAACCCUGAAAAGAGAAGAAUCUUGAUAAACACAAGCUUGUCUACUAUUUCAAAAUUCUCCAACAGUUGACUAGGAGUGCAUUUCAACUUCUCCCUGGUUCUCAUCCGUUUUUAAGCCUAAAGAGCUUGUUACUUAUUUGUGCGAAGUGCCUUAUGCUAUGAGACCAUUCAGAAUAUCAUCUUUCAGACACAGCCCAAGGAAUCAACAAUGGCAAUUCUUUCUUUUUUUUUUUUCCCUCUCCCCAUCCCUUUUUGUUUUCAGGUCAGUCUCCUUACCUUCCCCUCCUCAUUCACCCAAAUACUCAAGCCCAGGGCUGGGAAAUGAAACAUAUUGGUAAUGUUAAACACUUUGUUUUUUGUUUGGUUUUUCAUCGGAGGAGUUGAUAUGCAACAGCAGUUCACCCGCACUGUAAAUACAUGUAUUUAAAAAAACCCAAGUAAAAAAAUCUGGGCUGAGUAGGUGCAACAUCAUCGCUCCCGAAGGAAAGAGCAGUCUAUCAUUGCAGGAGCCAUAUGACAAGCCUUUGUGCUCUUUAGCAGAACACUAAAGACUGGUUUACAUAAGCCUCCAUUAGUAGUUAUGGCACUUGAUGUGUAGACAUGUCAGAGCCUUGACCCUCUUUCCUCUGUGGCAAAGCGUGUCCCAUAGAAAAUUGGAUGUGUAUACUUGUAUAAACUUUGUAAAUACGUUUUUUUCUGGGUUCAUAUAUAACUUUUUUUUUAUGAAGGUUGCUGGGAUUAAGGGGAUUAGACUGAUUAUGGGAGCAGCUAAAAAUGAGAGGGGCUCAGUUUUUCGCAACACUAAACUCUAAAAAGUGCUCCGGCCUCUUACUGUAGAAAGCAGGCCUCUAUGGGGAAAUCCAAGAGUUGAGAAAGGGACUUUAGGGUGGGUGAUAAGGGGUAUUCAUUUAUACUUGCUGCCACACUGCUCUACCCAAUACUGUGGAGGAGUCCUAGAGAGAGAACAAAGAAACUUAAAAAAUGUAUAGCUCAAAAUGUUUUUGAGAUGUUUUCUGACAUUCCUCCUUCCCCCUCUUCAAAAACAGAAACAAAAAAACUUCAUAAACUACAUGCUUUGAAAAAGGGGGUAAAGAUGAAUCUACCUUACAGAGUAAACAUUCUAGCAGGUAGUAGUAUUGUUGAGCAGCAUAUAUAAAGCACAGAUCUGAGUUUCAGAAUAUUAGAAGAUACCAGUUUAUAUAAACUGACUUCUGGAGCUUUUUUUUUCUGUGGAUUAUUUCUUCUAGUGUAUGCAUUUGUUGCCCCCAAACACCUUGAUAAACAGAUUUUGUGCAGGGAUGGGCAAACCCUGAGACCUGUUAACUAAAAAGCUACAGAAAGCUGCUUGCCAUCCUCUAUGUUUUGGCAUGAGUUGCUGUCUGUCAUUCUGCAUUGUAUAUUGCUGGCAAACGCUUUAUGGUCAAUAGUGUUGCUUUAAAUUGUGCCCCUCCCAAUAUGCUUGAUGUUUGGCCUGAUCUCCAGGCAAAAGGAGUGAGAAGAAUCAAAACCAGUAAACUUUUUUGUUGUUUUUUUUGUUGUUGUUGUUGUUGGGGUUUUUGUUUUUUUUUCUUUUCUUUAAUUCCCUUUUUAGCCCAGUGUACUGUAGUCGGUCAGGAGGCAUCUUCAAACCACAACCUCACUUCCCCAACUCCAAGAUAGUUUUUCUGGAUCCGUUUUUUUAAAAAGCCCUAAUAUAAUCAGAUCCUAUGUAUUCUUCCAUGUUUGUUACCUGGACAAAAGAAUUGAUCUUAUAA